AACACAUCUGUCUUCUCUUUUACUUGACCACCAACUACUUCUUCUGUCACACAUCCUUCGGGACACAACAUCGAUCUGCAUCUUUGGCAGCUGCUUCGAGACACACCUUGGCUAUUACCACCUGGUCAUUGCUGAUUUUCUCAACAUGGAUCCGGUCUUGAACCUUCAGGCACCUGAGCCUGCUCCCGUCUUUUCUGUGACUCAGGCCGUUGAAGUGACCGCUCGACAAUAUGGAAUGACUGUCGAGCACUUCAUUGAUCUGUUCAACCUGGAGCGUGCCAAAGAGAACGCUCAGUACGGUAUCAUGCUGCAAGUUGAAAGAGGCACCGUCAACCAUCCCCAGCCCAACAUGGCUGACAACAACGUUGGUGUUCCUCUCCCCCAGCAGGGUCAGGUUAUGAACGUCCAGCCUGCACCUGUUGCUCAGAACCUGCUCGUCGAGCAGGCGCCUGUUCAACAGGCACCACUUCAUCCCAUGUACACCGCUGCUGUACAGGGCCCUGGCACUGGUUACGCCUACAACUUCAAUGCUCCUAUGGAGGAAUCUCCCAUCGCCCUCUCUGACGAGGAUGCUGAGGGCGAGCCUAUUGCCCCUGCGCCUGCUGAUGACACUCAACAGACCUAUCACUGCGCGGGUCCUAUCCCCUCACUCAUGGGUAACUGCGAGUACAUCAUUGCAACUGUCAACCCCCCUCCGCAAGUGUGCCAUGGCCUUCGCCUGGCUCAGGCGAACAUUGACAGAGGCACUCAGAUGAUUGCACUCGGCAUCGAAAUGAUUAAGAAGGUACAAAAUUGGCGCGCCAACGUGGUCCCGGAGCAUCAGAAGUUUCUCAGACAUGCCAAAACCCCUGACGUCAAACUCAGGGUUAAGGGCAUGCUCGAAGACGGCUUUGCUCGUGCCUCCCGAGACAUGGCCCAUGGUGCGAGCCUGCAGCGAAAUGGCAAGCUUCUCCUCACAAACAGACAUGAUGACUACCUCAGAGCUGAAGUUCAGGUUGGCAAUGAUGCGAUGUUCAUCGAACGAAUCCGCUACCUGGAUACCCUGGAAUCUGGCGUGGCCAAGGACGCCCUUAUCACAUCCGAGUCCCGAAAACGUCGCAGAAGCUUCGAAGAGAUCUACAUGGCAACCUAUCGUCCUGGAGAUGACACUCAGUCCAUCAUCUCUUACAUCCUUCGCGGUCGAGCCUGGAACUUCUCCUACAAGGAGAUCAAGAACCUUGGUGGCUUCGACAUGGCAGACGCAACUAUGCGAGGUCAUGUUCGCAACGCGGUUCUGACCCCCAGAGAGAAGGCUCGAGUUGUUGAUUGGGAUGAGCGCAAUGUCUACCUCCUCCUAGACGCUGUUGCCCACUUCUGUGGUCCCGACCAUGCCUCUCCCAAGGAAGCUAGUGUCACCUGGAAGGUCAUUCGGGACUUCAUCUACCAGCACGAUGGUGAACGCUACUCUGCAGCUGCGGCGAAGAAGAAGUGGGAGCAGCUCCAGGGCGGCAACUAA